UACGAUGUCUGAUGAAAAUGAAAAUCUCAGUAAUGCGGAGACACAGUUAUUGCUGAGAGUACGGUUGAAUAUGGAGGACGAGUUUAAAUCGGGUAGAAGGAAAAAAAAUAUAUUGUGGAAGAAAGUUGUGACCGAAGUUAAAAAUGUAAAUCCCAAUAUAAGACUGGACAGCACCACAGCGCAGAGAAAAUUCUUAAAUCUCUUGGUAACGUACAAGCGCAUUAAGAAAAGAAAUAAUUCUUCCGGUAGAGAAGCUACAUCCUGGAGGUAUUUUGAGGACUUCGACGAAGUUUAUGGUACAAGGCACUCAAUGACUCCUCCAACAGCAAAUUUGCAAGCCUCUUUGGAUUUGGUACUGUCAAGGUCGUCCACAUCUUCAAGUGAAAUAAGUAAUGAGUCGCCAAAUUCUCCACCGACUACCACUGAAACGGCCGCCAGUACUCGAACGACUUCGAAUAACGAGCCACAACAACAGCAGCAGCCACCAGAUUCUCCACCGACUAGCAGUAGGAGAGCCACUCGUCCUCGAGCGACGUCUAACAAAGACAUUUUAAAGUUUUUGGAAGCAGACGCGGUUAAAGAAGAAGCUCGACAUAACGAGGUCAUGGCUUUGGAGAGGGAAAAGCUGUCGCUAGAAAAAGAAAGAAUAAAAGCUCUACUAGACAUGAAAUCGGUGUUGGCAGAUUAUUUAAAAAAAUAG